GUCUCAAAUGUGUUCUUCUCUCUUCCGAUCAACAUCACGUCGGGCCCAGAGCCAUCUCACCAUGGGACAGCCAAGCCGCCAUUACCACUGCAACAAGCUCAGGCUCGGAGUCGUGGUGCUGCUGGCGUGGGCGCCAUGGCUGCCGGUGUCGGCGGGCACGACGACGUUCACCAUCUCCAACUACUGCCCCUACACGAUCUGGCCUGGCACGCUGGCGGGCUCCGGGACGCCGCAGCUGUCCACGACGGGGUUCGAGCUCGGGCCGGGCCAGACGGCCCGGCUCGCGGCGCCCGCGGGGUGGUCGGGCCGGAUGUGGGCGCGCACCGGGUGCGUGUUCGACGCGUCCGGCGCCGGUACGUGCCAGACGGGCGACUGCGGCGGUCGGGUCGACUGCCGCGGCGCCGGCGCCACCCCGCCCGCCACGCUGUUCGAGGUCACGCUGGCCAAGGCCGCCGUCGGCGCCGGAGCCGGGACCCAGGACUUCUACGACGUGAGCCUCGUCGACGGGUACAACCUCCCCGUCGUAGCCAUCCCGCGCGCGGCCCAAGCCCAAGCCCAGGCUUGCAACGCCACCGGCUGCAUGGCCGACCUCAACCGCUCGUGCCCGAAGGAGCUGCAGGUGGAGUGCGGGGCCGGGGCGAUCGCGUGCAGGAGCGCGUGCGAGGCGUUCGGGGAGGAGAGGUACUGCUGCAGCGGCGCCUACGACACGCCGGGGGCCUGCAAGCCGACGGCCUACUCGUCCAUCUUCAAGGCGGCGUGCCCGCGCGCCUACAGCUACGCCUACGACGACAGCACCAGCACCUUCACCUGCAACGCCGCCGACUACACCGUCGCCUUCUGCCUCCCGACCUCCGGGAUAAAGGAAUCUGAGGCUGUGUUCCUCGGCGCACAGAUCGACAGCGGCGGCCACGGGACCGGCGGCCAAGGCGAUGCGCCGCCGGCGUUCGGCAACGGUGGCGCGGGUGCGUAUAAACCACCGGUUUACGGCAGCAGCAACAACGAUGACGGCGAUGGAGGUGCUUAUAGUUAUAGGCCGCCGGUUUACAACUACGGCCGCGGAGGCGAUCGUGUACCGCCGGCGAUGGCGGCCUCGUCGGCGAUCACGAGACACGUUGUCCGGCCAUGGCUUCCACUCCUGCUGCUCGUCUUCUCUUUCUGACCGCGCUCGAUCUGUCGCCCUGCUGCGACUUGUGCUUGCAUGUUUCGAGUACGUGCGGCCCCGGAGCGAUCAAGAAUCGGGAGCUCACCUUGAUUAGUUAGAUGCUAGGCUCCAAUAUUCGUUAAGAUCGCGUCCAUUUUAUGCUGAUCGAUCGAUCGUUGAAGUAAAAUUGGCAAUUGACAGUGCAGAUGCUAAUUAAGUCAGAUUUCAGGCUAACUCUUCAGAUAAUGCAUAUGCUCUAAGUCAUGGUAUAACUACCAGAAAGUUGCAAAAAAAAAAUUAAAAAAUGUUGAGGGCAUUCAUACAUGACAAACCGAGAAACGAAAAGGAUAAAUCGAGAUGUGAACAGUACCAAAUUAGAAUGCGUUGGGAAUAGCAUUUUCUGCUACUAUCCACAGUUCAAUUUGUCUUUUUUUUUGUUCCUUCAUGCAUGUACUGAAUUUUGAAAUUGAAAUUUGUAGCAUCAUAGAUGUAACUUGUACCGAUCUACUUAAUAUGUGGCUUAGUUUCAAAAACAAAAACUUAAUAUGGCCGCGGUGCAGCUUGUCUCCUUCCAUCUUUUGGCCUUGAUUUUUCGAUCAAAGGCUUUUAAGGCCUGCCCGGCUUUAUUAGAAAGCCUAAGAGGUUCUGCUAAGGUUACCAGCGAUACAAGUCAUACACCAUCCAGAUCCAACAAGACCAACAGCUAAUAUUCAAGGAAACUACUGACAAAACCAUGAUCUUUUGGCCUUGAUACUGAUGGCCGCACUGGAGAGUGGAGAUAAUGCACACCGCCACACGCUAUAUAUGAUUCUCUUUGGGCCAAAAUGAUCGACAAAGGUUAAAACUCGUAAGCACGCCAGAGAGUCAGAAGAAUACACUGCGCAGGUGCCACACAAGACACAACACUAUUAAUGUCCAGAAAA